AUGUCGCAAUUAGCCCGUUGGGUGCGUGCUCACCCGGCAAAUGUGGUUGUUGUGCCGAUGAAUGCUGUCAGAGUGGUAUCACUACAUGAAAUGUUUGCUAUCGGCACAGAAGGGCUUGGAGCAUGCUCUGCCAUUGUGAUAGCAUCGUCCCGUGGUGCUAUUCUUGCUCAUAUUCCGCCUCGCCCGACAGCAUCAGCAUCUGACCCAUAUGCCGGGGACAACAAUGUUCGUCGGUUGAUGACAGAAGUGACCGCCUUAUACAUGCGUUACCGCGAUGAAUAUUUUUCCAGCCAUACAGACACACUUAUUGUAUGUGCUCUGUAUCAGGGUGCGAUAGCCCUACCUGACCAAGUGCAAAUUAUGCAUUCAGCACUUAGUCGCUUAGGGCCGAGUGUGUGUACUUAUGAUGUACCCGGAAACUACACCAACCCGGGACAAGGAACUGUGCUCGCUAUCGGUAACCGCGGGCUCACCUCCCUUGGACUCCCCAAUGAAGGUCGCGCUCGUAUUUACGUUGAGGACCAGCAAUAUGUUCCGCGGCCGCCGUCCUGA